AUGUAUGUUAGACUGUGGUACACAGUAUCACGAGUUAUCUUUGGAUUGUUGAUAUGUUAUGUUGAUGUAUAUAUGGCAGCACGUGUGUCGUUUGUCUGUGUCCGUUAUUGUAGCAUGAAUUAAGAUCUUUCACACUUUAUGUGAGAUCAGAAUUAUGAAUCUGAAAUGGGCGCAUAUGUAUUAUGGUUUCAUGCUAAUAUCAGCAAAAAAAACCUGGCAGCAAGAAAGUGAUAUUUAAUUUUUUUUAAAUGUACCUUGUUUACAAACAGCAUUGAUAUAAAUUUCAGAAAUAUUGUCAGCCCCCCUAGAGCCUGGUUGGACACGCUACAGAUUUGAACGUGAUGCAUUAGAUUAAUGAGGGAGUCGUCGUUCAUACAUAGCGAGAUUUGAUGUGAACAUUCUCUGGUUACCAAUUUCCAAGAACUCUGACAGCUUCUUCUGAACUGAAGUUAGCCAUAUGUUGAAUUUAUCCUGUUGAUUGUCAACAGCUUGGCUGGAAGGUGGACUGGAAUCUCUCUUGCCUGUCGUUGUAUGAUUUUAGUGAAGUGCUGCUAGAAAAGUAGACAGUUGUCCCUGCCAUGAUGGAAGUGGAUGAGGCUUCUGAUGGAACCCAUGCUCAGUGCUCCAAGGAAAAUAUGAUGAAAAUCGGUGACUAUGUAGUCAUACAGAGGAAGAAUUAUUCAAAAAUUCACAAAAUUUCCAACAAAUUGUCAGUGAUGAUUGGAAACAACCAAUUGGAACUGGAUAACAUCAUUGGGCGACCAUUUUCCACAACAUUCAGAAUGGUGCCAAAGGAAAAGAAAAGAAAUGUUUUUAUGUUGGAGGAGUGUAGCAAGGCUGAAAGCCUCGUUGAAAAGCUUAUAAAGGAUGUUGCCAGUGGAACAGACAAUAGAAAUAUAGUUAGUGAUAACAGUUCUCAAAAAUUAUCCAAGGAGGAGAUUGUCAGCUUGCGUGAUAGUGGAAUGUCUGGUUGUGACAUAGUAAGUCAGCUUUUAGAGAACAGUAAAACAUUUCAGGAGAAAACCGAGUAUUCUCAAAAGAAAUAUUUAAGUAAGAAAGAAAAGAAGUAUUUUGAUUAUGUGUUAAUUAGGAAACCUACUCUACGAUUGGUGUGUGACAUAAUUUAUAAACAAGACCCUAUGAAAAUAAUAGGUUUGCGUUGUGACACACUCUCUCAACUGAUUACUGGUGUAGGUGUCAGUUCAGGUGGGACAUACAUAGUUUAUGAAAGCUCCUGUGAGGGAUUACCGACAGCAGCACUUCUCAAUUAUUUAGGUGACGAUGGGUAUUUAGUACAUACUUUCCCAGGAAUGACACCUCAAAGACAGGCAAUUUUUGCUAUGAAUUAUAGUGAGUCCCAGAAAAAGCGACUAAUCAGUGUUAGUAUCAUGAGUCUCAUGGAAAAAUUAAAUAAAAAAAUUGCUAUUGAAAGUUGUACUAGUCGUUCACAGACAGGAGACCAUGUACAACAAGAUAUUAAUAACGGAGGGGAAAGUGUUCAUUCGGAACUUACAGGUGUCACUGCUUUUAUAUCUAGUAGCUGUGGCACAGUGAUGAAUGAGGAAAGUGGAAGGCAUGUAGACGUGUGUCCUGAUACAAAUUUGAAGCAGAGUGUAGAAGAAAAAGAGUUCAGUAGGAAUGAACUUUUAACAGGGGAUCAGCAGUCAUGUGAUAGAUCAGAUGAAAAUAAUCAUUUUAUUUUGAAUUCAGGUGAUAUUAGGUUAGAUGAUUCAGGGAGUGGACUUACGCAUCAAACCUUAACAUCAAGUAAUGACAGCCGAGAGGAAGAAAGAAUUUUUCAUGAUCUUAAAAGAAAAAAUGCAGUCCCUGAAUUGAACGAAGUAAAGAAACCACGUUGGGAGGUGGAUUUAGACAGAGCCGUGGAUUUGCUGUCACCACAAAAUGUUGACGGUCUAGUUGUUGUUGGACGUGAAGAUCCAGCUGACAUAGUUUUACCAUUGCUACCAUACCUCGCUCCAUCUAGAAAUUUUGCUGUAUAUUCCUGGUGUCGCGAGCCUUUAGUUGAACUUUACAUCAAAUUAAAGAAGGAUGGUGGUGUCAUUAAUGCUCACCUUACAGAAACAUUCUUUCGGACUCAUCAGGUUCUUCCCAACAGAACACAUCCUGAUAUUCAGAUGAGUGGAAGUGGAGGCUAUAUAUUAUUGGGAACAGUAGUGCUUCAGCAUUCACCAAAAGAAAAAAAUAAUUAAUUUUAGUAUUUUUUGACGUAAGCUUUAUAUUCAGUGGUGGUGUUAAAUGUUGAAUCAAUACAUCCACUCUUUUUCGUUUUUGAUUUUACCUGUUUGUAUUGAGAAGAACUAGCUAACAGUUUUAUAUGUUCUUGAGACAUCUCAUAUCCACAGCAUGCUCUAGAUAAUUAAAAUGUUAAAAUAAUUCUCUAAAGAAAUAUAUUUUUGUGACAAAAUAUUUCCUUUUCUUGUACAUCAAGCAUAUUUGAAAAGUAUUUUUUAAACAAUUUUACCUUUCUUAGUAAAUGAAGAUCUUGUAGUACAUGAAAUAAAUGGUAGUUACUACUGGAAUGCCAUUUAUCUGAAUUUUCAAGCUAUGUAGUUGAGUUUAUGCUGUUUUGUUUGCACGACAAAAAUUUCAUAUUAAAUUAACUUACCAAUAUCCUCACCAGUGCUCAUUACAUUGUCAUGUGCUUUAGCUGAAAGAAAAUGUUUUUUGAGACAUCCCCACAUUUAUCCUCUACAUUUGAAUAAUAUGUGCUUGUAAAGUUUUUUAUUCAUUGGCUUGCAGCACCUAUGUUUUCCUGUGCUUCACUGCAUUAUUUUUUUAGUAAUUGCACAAUGAAUGAAAUUCUUCAUUGAACAACAUGGUAUGGACAAGCCAUUUUCCCCUUUCAUUUAAAGUUGUGUAAUACUCUAAUCUACAUGUAUACACUGUUUGGAAUUGCUUAUAAAAUCAAGAAAGUAUUCUUUAACAUUUUACACUUCUCUUGGUCUUUUCUUCUUUUCCUAUUCUUGGUAGCACAAUUAGUAUUCUCAUUUACUGAUUUACAACAAUUGAUGCAUCUUGAUCAGCAUGAAAGCUGUUUCCUUUAUCAUCUACAUACAUACUCCACAACUCAGCAUAUGGUACAUGGCAGACUACUGCUAGUAAUUCAUUUUCCUGUUCCACUUGCAAAUGGAGCAAAGGAAAAAACAACUGUUGAUGUGCUUCCAUAUGAGCCUCGAUUUUUCUAAUCUUGCUUUUGUGAUCCUUACAUGAGAUGGAAGGUGCUGGCAGUAGGAUUGUACUGCACCCCAUUGCAAAUGCAGUUUCUCUAAUAUUUUUCAACAUGUUUCGCAAAAAUAUCAUCAUCUUCCCUCCAGAGAUUCCCCAUUAAGUUCACAUAGUAUUUCUGUAAUAUUUCCUGAUGAAAUAUAACCAUUACAAAUUUAACAACAUGCAUCUGAAUUGUUUUGAUGUCUUUGUUUAAUGUGACCUAGUGGGGAUCUUAAAAACUCAAGCAUUAUUCACGAAUGAGUUGCAGAAGUGCCCUGUAUACAGUUUCCUUUGUAGAUGAGAUACACUUUUCUAGAAUUCUCCCAAUUAACCAAAGUUGACCAUUUGCCUUCCCAAUAACCGACCUUACAUGUUCAUUUCACUUUUUAACUUUGCAGUCAUCAUCAUCAGCAGCAACAGCAUUUGAAUAAGAGUAAAUAUCUGGGAGAAGAAUUAGUAGUAAUCAUGAUUGAAUAUAUGCACUGAGAAAUGCCAAAGAUAAUGUUAUUUAGUUUUAAAUCACUUCAGAUCGAGACAAUUUUGUAUUAUUUUAAUUUUGUUAUAUGAGUUCUGAUUUUAAGUCUGUUUGCAUGUUACUUAAAAUAUGUUUAUUUGAGUACAUAUUACCUGUCUUCAUCAGCAGAUGAUGGAACAAUGCUCAAAACAUGGCUAAAUAUCAUGUGUGUGUGAGAAAUCACUGUUGCUGUCUGUUGUGUCCACUACAUUGUUAAGAAAUGCCACAAAAAGAGAAUACAAUGGAGCUUUAGCACAAUAGUGUACAUUUCAAAUGCCUGUCCACACAUGCCACCCACAUCUUCAUCUGAGAUUCACAACCCAUGAUAUUAUUUGGAGUGGAAGGUAUUUUAUUUUUUCCCCUUUCUAUUCCACCUGCAUAUGUCUGUGGAAAGACCGCUGGUAUGCCACAAUAUAAGCCUAAAUUUGCCCAUCUUUAUUCUCAUGUGUUUAUGGGAGAUGAGAAAUUUCCCAUAAAGAUAAUUCUGAGGACAAUUGAAGAGAAGGCAGAGGAUAUGCUGAGGAAGAUCAGUUUGGAUUCAGGAUCAAAGAAACAGUUGUGAGACUGAGGCCCCAUAUCAGAAAGCAAAUGCAGAAAAUUGAACCAACUUAUAUUGUUUUUGUAGACAUGGGAAAGGGAUUUGAUAAUGUUAUCUGGCAAGAGGUGUUAAGAGUGCUGAAGAAAGCAGGUAAAAAAUACGCAGACAUGCGGGUGAAAAUAUGCAGACAUGCAGGUGACACUCAGUUUCUUUAAGAAUGAAAUGGCUGGAUUAUGAAUUUUCAUCAGAAACAAGAAGCAAAAA